AUGAAAGUGAUGAAGAGAUUUGCCAUUUUAACAUUUUUAUACGGAAUAGCGGGUUUAACUCUAACACAAGAGAUUAAUCUGAAAAGAGAAAUUAGGAGAACGUUUCCAUUUUUACGGAAUUACACCGUGAUCAGGUCGCCGUAUUUCAAAUAUUCAAACAAUUUCAUGAUAACAAAUUUGUCAGCAUUUGGUCAAAAUAUAUUCCUAAAAUUAACAGAAGAUACCUCGGUUGAAAUGUCGUCAGCCCAUGUAAUAGUAAAUGGAAAUGUAUUACCGAAAGUGCAGUCCGAUAUAAUAAUGAAAGGAGCAACGCUAGUGAAAGGAUACGAUGCAAAUGUUCCACAAAUUUCGUUUGCAUUUGGAAAAAUUCAGAAUGGGAAAUAUGACGGAUAUGUAUCCUAUAAAGAUGAGGUAUUUUUUGUCGAACCAUUAGAAAAAUAUCUGCAGGUGUUUGACAAAUCCAUCGUUUACAGAAAAUCGGAUGUCAGAGAGGAUAAUUCCUCUCGCAUUGAUUUCUUUGACGUCCACUAUGCAGAAGGACAGACGAUGCGACAUCUGAAAUCCACCAUAAAACCUAAUGGUACAAACGUUUUCCACAGACAGAGCUUACAUUUUAAAACUAAGCGAUCUUCACAGCCUUCUGCAAGAUCAUGUUCUUUGAAUGUUUUAGCCGAUCCUGAUAUUUAUAAAAACAUUGGUGGUUCAUCCUUAUCAAAAACAAUAUCCGAGAUGCGAUACCAGGUUGCCCAAGCAGACAUGAUUUUUCGAAGCACGGAUUUUGAUGGAAAUGGCUAUGGUGACAAUAUAGGCUUUGAAAUAUCUAAUAUAACUGUCAUUACUGACUCCAGUUACAGUGGGUUCCACAUGAGUGAUCCAAAUUUAAGUGCCUACGACUACCUCUAUGCCUUUUCAGAAUAUGACUUGGAUCCCUACUGCUUGGGAAUAGCUUUCACUUACCGUGAUUUCGACAAUGGGGUUGUAGGUCUCGCUUGGACGGCUAGUUCCAGUAUAUACGGGGCUGUUGGUGGACUAUGUCAAAAGCGGAUUAUGUAUAAUGGCAAGAUGUACAGCUUCAACUCUGCUCUUGUCUCUAUGCUCAACUAUGGCAAACGUCUGACAAGUUACAAAUCUUCUCUCGUAUUGACACAUGAAUUUGGUCAUAAUUUUGGAAGCUCGCACGAUCCAGACAGUGAUCCUUCUUGCACCUCGACCACCUACGGAAAUUUCAUCAUGUACCCAUUCGCUAGUACUGGAACAAAACCAAAUGAAAAGAAAUUUUCGCCUUGCAGCACAAAUGUAAUGUAUCCUGUUAUUGUAAACAAAGGAUCGUGUCUUGCUGAUAGGAGCAUCCCGUCUUGUGGAAAUGGUAUUAUUGAGCAAGGUGAAGAAUGUGACUGCGGCACGUCUUUUUCCUGUGUAUACACUGAUGACUGCUGUACACCAUCCGACGUCACAAACUCUUCGGACCCACCGUGUACCUUCAGAAGAUCGCAAGGAAAAGUGUGCUCACCCAAAACUGGAUUUUGUUGUGAACAUGACUGUACCAUUACACCAGUAAGUGCAAACAAGCAGUGCGGAGUCUCAUCCGAGUGUCGCCAAACUGCCGUCUGCGAUGGAAAUAACCCCAAGUGUCCAUCCCCUACAUCAAAACCGGACAAUACAUCGUGUGAAUCGGACAGGAAAUUUUGUUAUAAUGGGACGUGCGUAAAGAGUGCGUGUGAAAGGAAAGACCUUGCAGAAUGCCAGUGUACAAAUAACUUUCAAGAUGCUUGCAAACUUUGUUGCAAAUUUAUCAAUGCCACCGAUUGUAGACCAGCCAGCGAUUUUGGAAUCCUUUCAACCACAGGGAAAACUAUAAUGUUGGAGUCCGGGACGUCCUGUAACAAUUUCAGAGGGUUUUGCAACUCACAACGCACGUGCAUAUCUGAAGACCCCAACGAUGUGAUUGAGAGGUUGAAAAAUGCGUUCAGCUCACAGGUAAGGCACGACAUUGGUAUGUGGAUGAAGAACAAUUGGUACUAUGUUUUCUUUGGAUCCCUAAAUUUGGCUUUGCUGAUUGUUCUCUUCAUUGGAUGCAGAAAGAAACAAGAAAACGUUCAAGGUCGUGCAUAUCGACAAGGACGAUUUGAGCAGGUGAUGGCGCAAGCAAGAAUAGAAAGAGAAAGACAAGAAAGGAAAAUGUCCGUGAUGGCGACUUUAUUUGACAAGAAGAUUCGGAAAAUAAGACAUGGCCACGGGCGUCUGGAAUACACUUACGCUGUAGUUCGGCUCUCCAUCUUCUUCCCAACGGCGACGAAGGCACUGAUUCAGGAGACGUUAGCGAAGUGUAGCUCGGAGGAUGUGGCGGUGCGCCACCUAUUGAUCAGUGGUUAUCCAAUGAGAAGAAUGAUAUACACUCACGACAUUGAAUGACUACAUUAUUAUUUCCCUGUCAAUUU